AUGGGAAACCGACGCCUCAUCCCGCUGGUUCUCUUCCUCAUCAUCGGGACGUGCGCCGCUCACUCUCGCGCAUCAUCCCGCCGCGGACUCGCAGGCAUCAACUACGGCCCGUCUUCAUCCGAGGCAUACGACGAUGCUGUAACAUGGAAGGCCUCUGGUCCAAACGCACCUCAAAUGACCAAUCGCAAUACGGCUGGUCCUACAGCUCGAACCAUCCAUACCGGCCCGGCGCAACGUCGUUCGCGCAACAGCGGGCUCGCAGCAGCCGACGGCAGCGCUACUAGCGCCACAUUCCGCAUGGCCAGCAGCAGCGACGUGACGAUUCGCCAUCACAAUUCUCCCGGAAGUGGCAAGUGGACGGUUCGCGAGCAGGGUACUAGCGGCAGGAACGGCGGCGCUGGAAGGCGCGUUCCUACUAGUGGAAGGGCGCAGGGCGGAGCGCUUCAUGCGACGCGCGGCCGCGCACAACGGCAUCCCUCAAGGGGCGCUUCGUCCCACCAGCUGCAGCGCAACGAGCGGCCGCAACAGCAGCACGUGGGGUUCCGCAUGGCGACAGCGAAGGACGUGGCGCUGACGCGACACGCGGCGAGGAGCGACGACGAGUCGUCACUCGCGCUGGCGGAAGAGAGCAAUUACGGGAUGAAUCGUGGCGGCGCUAACUACUAUAAUGAUGACGAGGAGUACCGCGGGAGUGACCGUGACGCCGGGGAUGACAACAACGAAAAUGGUAGCGAUAACAGCGGCCCGGGCGGAGAUGGACGACUCGACGUGAAUUGUGAUGGAGGUGACGCGAGCAACGGCGGAGGUGACGCGAGCAACGGCGAUGGCAGCGGCAGCAGCGGCGGCGUGGACGCAGCAGCAAUUCUGGAGGUGCACAACAGGGCGCGGCAGGAGGCGGGGGUGCCGGACCUGGCAUGGGACGACGGGGUGGCAGCCGUAGCGCAGGAUUGGGCGAACCAGCUGGCGGGCAGAGGGUGCCCUAUGGAGCAUGGCGGCGCGGAAGGCCUUGGGCAGAACCUCUACUGGCGCACACCCGCAGGGCUCACCCCUGAGGAGGACCGCAUGGCUGUGCAGGCGUGGGUGGAUGAGAAGGCGGACUGGACCCCCAGCCCCAUUCCAGAGGGGUGUGCAGAGGGCAAGAUGUGUGGGCACUACACGCAGGUGGUGUGGCGGGACACCACUCAUGUGGGGUGUGGCUCUGCGCAGUGCCCGGAUGGCAGCGGCAUGUGGGUGUGCGACUACUCGCCCCCGGGCAACUUUGUCGGAUCCAUGCCGUUCUAG